AUGAAGACUCAAGCUGAUAAACAUAGAGUGGAUCGCCAGUUUUCAGUUGGAGAUCUAGUCUGGCUCAAGAUACAGCCUUAUGCUCAAUCUUCUGUGGCUUCCAGAGUUUGCACUAAACUGGGCUAUCGUUAUUUUGGGCCCUAUGAAGUGGAGUCCAGAGUUGGCCAAGUUGCUUAUAAACUCAAGUUACCCGAUCAUUCUAAGGUUCAUCUGGUAUUAUAUGUCUCGCUUCUCAAGAAGGUAAUUGGCUCUGCACCAAUUCAGUUUUCUCUAUUACCUAAAGAACCUUCUGCCAUGCAAACUCCAGAAAUGGUACUGGACCGUCGUGUCCACAACAAGGCUCAUCGUACAAGUUAUCAAUUGCUGAUCAAGUGGAAGAAUUCUCCUGCUGAGUUGGCUACUUGGGAGGAAGAUGAAAUCAUUCGGCUGUUCCCAGAGUUCAUGGCUUGGGGACAAGCCGUUGCUAAUGGAGGGGGAAAUGUCAUAGUGCGCAAGGUACCUGCAAGCCCAGAAGGGAAAAGGAGCAAGCGCGCUAGGAAGCCCAAUCCAAAGUUCCACGGCCCAAGCUGGAAGAAGUAG